UUGCAAACGAGACAGGUGACAAAAAUGCACGACCACUAUCACGAUUUGCCCGGUCUAAAUCACAAAACUGCUUAUGGAACACCAUUAUUGGUGGGCUGACUGGUGGCAACCUCAAGGAAAGGCCAAAGCCUACCAUCAUCAGUGACCCUAGACCUCCUGAAGAAAUCCUGGCGGAUGAACUGCCACCAGUGGACAGUCCUGAGGCGCUGGUGAAAACGUCUUUCAGAUUGCGGUCUUUGGUAAAGCAGCUAGAGAGAGGGGAAGCUUCAGUUGUAGACCUAAAGAAGAAUUUGGAAUAUGCUGCGACUGUUCUGGAGUCAGUAUACAUUGAUGAAACUAGGCGUUUGCUGGACACAGAAGAUGAGCUCAGUGACAUCCAGUCCGACUCUGUGCCUUCAGAGGUCCGGGACUGGUUGGCUUCUACCUUCACAAGGCAAAUGGGGAUGAUGCUCAAAAGGACAGAGGAGAAACCUCGCUUCAGGAGCAUCGUCCAUGCUGUGCAAGCUGGGAUAUUUGUGGAAAGAAUGUACAGAAGGACUUCAAAUAUGGUUGGUUUGAGCUACCCACCAGCUGUAAUUGGAGUGCUAAAGAACGUCGACAAGUGGUCCUUUGAUGUAUUUGCACUAAAUGAUGCCAGUGGGGAUCAUGCACUGAAAUUCAUCUUCUAUGAACUUCUCACACGCUAUGACCUGAUCAACCGUUUCAAGAUCCCCAUUUCUGCCCUGGUGUCCUUUGUGGAAGCUCUGGAGGUUGGCUACAGCAAACACAAAAAUCCUUACCACAACCUCAUGCACGCUGCAGAUGUGACACAGACAGUCCAUUACCUCCUCUUCAAGACAGGCGUAGUGCACUGGCUGACAGAGCUGGAGAUCUUCGCUAUGAUCUUCGCAGCUGCCAUCCACGACUAUGAACACACUGGAACCACCAACAACUUUCACAUCCAGACACGGUCAGACUCAGCCAUUCUGUAUAACGACCGGUCCGUGCUUGAGAACCACCACGUUAGUGCAGCCUAUCGACUUCUGCAAGAUGAUGAAGAGAUGAACAUUUUAUCUAACCUCUCAAAGGAUGACUGGAGGGAAUUCAGAGCUCUAGUGAUUGAGAUGGUGCUGGCCACUGAUAUGUCCUGUCACUUCCAGCAAAUCAAAGCCAUGAAGAAUGCUUUGCAGCAGCCAGAAGGAAUUGACAAGCCGAAAGCCUUAUCACUGUUGUUGCAUACAGCAGAUAUCAGUCAUCCAGCCAAGGCCUGGGACCUCCAUCAUCGCUGGACCAUGUCUCUGCUAGAGGAGUUCUUCAGACAGGGUGACAAAGAAGCAGAACUGGGGCUUCCAUUCUCUCCACUGUGUGAUCGCAAGUCUACUAUGGUUGCUCAGUCUCAAAUAGGUUUCAUCGAUUUCAUCGUGGAACCCACUUUUACUGUGCUGACUGACAUGACCGAGAAGAUUGUGACCCCGCUCAUCGAGGAGGCGUCCCGCUCUGGCAUGGCCGGCUUCAGGCGUUCCAGUCUGAAUAACAUUAGUCCCACUGAAGUUAAGAGAUCAAGUGUCAAGAGCACUGGGUCUGAAGGAAGUGCCUCACUCAACUGCUCCAUACUCACUGUGGACUUCAAAUGUUUUAAAGCCACCUGGACUGAGGUGGUGCAGCAGAACCGGGAGAAAUGGAAAGCACAAGCCACCAAAGAAGAAAAAGCUAAGAAAGAAGCAGAGGAAAAUGCACAUCAGGGAACAGAUGAAAAGAAAACAGAUGAAAAGGAUGAGAAGAAGCCAGCUGAAGAUGCCACAGCAGCAGAGAACAGCAAAGAACCAAAUCCUGGGGAAAACAAAAGUGCAGAUUCCAAUAAGAAUCAUGUAAAUGGGACUCGACAAACUGGAAUGAACAAACAUGAAGCCUCUCAAGGGAAAAAUGCACCUAGGACAGAUAAGGGAGCAGACUCUCAUCAUGGAGCAGGAGAACAGAAACAGCACGUUCAGAAUGGUGAAUUAAAGGAAGACAAUAAGUUGGACAAAAAAGAUCAGUCCAACGUGGGGGAUGAAUCAAAGAAACCAGAUG